AUGCCCUCGGUGAUGGAGAAGCCGAGCGCGGGCUCCGGGAUCCUGUCCCGCAGCCGGGCUAAGACGGCGCCCAACGGCGGACAGCCUCACUCGGAGGAUGACAGCAGCGAGGAGGAGCACUCGCACGACAGCAUGAUCCGCGUUGGAACCAAUUACCAGGCCGUAAUCCCCGAGUGCAAGCCUGAGAGCCCGGCACGCUACAGCAACAAGGAGCUGAAGGGGAUGCUCGUGUGGUCGCCCAACCACUGUGUGUCGGAUGCCAAGCUUGACAAGUACAUUGCAAUGGCCAAGGAGAAGCAUGGCUACAACAUUGAGCAGGCACUGGGCAUGCUCCUGUGGCAUAAGCACGACGUGGAGAAGUCACUGGCCGACCUGGCCAACUUCACCCCCUUCCCUGAUGAGUGGACCGUGGAGGACAAGGUGCUGUUUGAACAGGCCUUUGGCUUCCAUGGCAAGUGCUUCCAGCGGAUCCAGCAGAUGCUGCCCGACAAGCUGAUCCCCAGCCUGGUGAAGUAUUACUACUCUUGGAAGAAGACCCGGAGCCGGACCAGCGUGAUGGACAGACAGGCCCGGCGGCUGGGGGGCCGGAAGGACAAAGAAGAGAGUGAUGAGCUCGAAGAGGGACGAGGCGCUGUGAGUGAGGGAGAGCCCGAUGCCGGGGACCCCAAGAGAGAGCCUCUGCCCUCUCGGCCUCUGAACGCCCGCCCAGGCCCCGGGAAGAAGGAGGCCCAGGCGUCUCAGUAUCGCCACCACCCACUGAGGACGCGGCGGCGCCCCCCCAAGGGCAUGUACCUGAGCCCCGAGGGCCUCACCGCCGUGUCGGGAAGCCCAGACCUUGCCAACCUCACGCUUCGAGGCCUUGAUUCCCAGCUCAUCUCCCUCAAGCGUCAGGUGCAAAGCAUGAAGCAGACCAACAGCAGCCUCCGCCAAGCCCUGGAGGGCGGCAUUGACCCGCUCCGCCCCCCUGAGGUCAACACCAAGUUCAACUCCCGCUGGACCACAGAUGAGCAGCUUCUGGCUGUACAAGCCAUCCGCAGGUACGGCAAAGACUUCGGGGCUAUUGCAGAGGUGAUUGGGAACAAGACUCUGACCCAGGUGAAGACCUUUUUUGUGAGCUACCGGCGCCGCUUCAAUCUGGAGGAGGUGCUGCAGGAAUGGGAGGCUGAGCAGGAUGGGGCCCCUGGAGCCCCGGUCCCCAUGGAGGAGGCUAGGAGAGGGGCCCCCUUGCCGGCCCCGGCCCUAGAGGAAGAUGACGAGGUCCAGAUCACAUCUGUCUCAACAUCUGUGCCCCGACCCGUGCCCCCUGCGCCACCCCCUCCUCCACCUCCCACCUCACUGUCCCAGCCGCCCCCACUGCUGAGGCCACCUUUGCCCACGGCUCCUACCCUGCUUCGCCAGCCACCCCCACUACAGCAGGGCCGCUUCCUCCAGCCCCGGCUGGCCCCCAACCAGCCCCCCCCACCUCUUAUCCGCCCAGCUGUGGCUGCCUCCCGCCACAGUGCCCGCCCUGGCCCUCAGCCCCCACCCACCCUGAUUGGAGCCCCGCUGGAGCCUCCAGCCCCCUCGCUCUGAGCC